AUGUUACGCACAUCGGUCGUAUGCGCAUUAUGCAUCCUUGUAUAUGGACAAUCUACGAAGACGCCCAUCGAAGAUGAUCCUGACUAUGAAACAUUCCAGCACGUGGUUGUUUUUCCUAAUCCUGAUGAAAAACUUUUUGUAAAAUAUGCUACAUAUCAUCCUUUACCCGUGGCGGAUUGCUUUUGGAACACUAUCACAUGCGAGAAUGGCUCAUAUGCGCUUCACCUUUGGAUGCGAAUCAAUGGAACAGCCCGUAAAUUUGACUCACCACUCCGGUUUGAAACCAGCAAAGGACGCUCCAAGCCGAACAUAAUCUUGCAUAAACUCCUGCCAAAUGACACUGAACUUUCCAAAUUCCCCUUAAUGUAUUUAGACGAGACACAAGUGUGUUUCGUUGUUCGAGUUCCAAAAAUCAACAACGGUUGUGUUUUAUUUAUUCGAGAACAAAAUGCAACUUGCGAAAAAUGCCAUCAAAAUUGUGAAACUAUUUACGAAGAAAACUGUAAUGUGACUUUGGCAAAAUCUCCAUAUAAAAGCACCUGUCACAAAGAACGUCCUCUUCAGUGUUGA